GGCUCUUUUGUGCGGCCGGGGCGAUGCUGGCGGGCGGCAAGAAGGGCGCGGAGGCGGCGGCGGGCGGCGAGGCCGGGCCGGAGGCRCCGGUACCUCCGCCCGCCGCCGCUGGGGCCCUGGGCUCUUCGGCGGAUAGCGGCGGGGCUUCGGAGCGCACGCCCCGCAAGAAGGAGCCGCCGCGGGCCUCGCCUCCGGGCUGUGUGUCUGAGCCGUCGGCCGUCGGGGCCACCCCUGCGCCCGGAGCCGAAACCACCGGCAUCGCCGAGACCCCCGAGGGCCGCAGGACCAGCCGCCGCAAGCGAGCCAAAGUGGAGUAUAGAGAGAUGGAUGAGAGUCUUGCWAACCUGUCAGAAGAUGAGUAUUACUCUGAAGAAGAGAGAAAUGCUAAAGCUGAGAAAGAGAAAAAAUUACCCCCACCACCUCCACCAGCUCCUGCAGAAGAAGAGAAUGAAAGUGAGCCAGAGGAGCCAUCUGGGCAAGCAGGAGGACUUCAAGACGACAGUUCUGGAGGGUAUGGAGACGGCCAAGCAUCAGGUGUGGAGGGUGCAGCUUUCCAAAGUAGACUUCCACAUGAYCGUAUGACAUCUCAAGAAGCUGCCUGCUUCCCUGAUAUAAUCAGUGGGCCACAGCAGACUCAGAAGGUGUUUCUGUACAUCAGGAACCGCACCCUGCAGCUCUGGUUGGAUAACCCAAAGAUUCAGCUGACAUUUGAAGCAACUAUCCAACAAUUAGAAGCACCUUAUAAUAGUGACACAGUGCUCGUUCACAGGGUUCACAGCUACCUGGAGCGUCAUGGGCUGAUCAACUUUGGGAUUUACAAAAGAGUCAAGCCCCUUCCAACCAAGAAGACAGGAAAGGUGAUCAUUAUUGGUUCUGGAGUCUCUGGGUUGGCAGCAGCUCGCCAGUUGCAGAGUUUUGGAAUGGAUGUCACAGUUCUGGAAGCCAGAGACCGAGUAGGAGGAAGAGUUGCUACCUUUCGCAAAGGAAACUACGUUGCUGAUYUAGGAGCAAUGGUGGUAACAGGACUUGGAGGAAAUCCCAUGGCUGUGGUCAGCAAACAAGUAAAUAUGGAAUUGGCAAAGAUCAAACAAAAAUGUCCACUUUACGAAGCAAAUGGACAAGCUGUUCCAAAAGAGAAAGAUGAAAUGGUGGAGCAAGAAUUUAAUCGUCUUUUGGAAGCCACAUCCUACCUCAGUCAUCAGCUGGAUUUUAAUGUUCUCAAUAAUAAGCCUGUCUCCCUAGGUCAGGCUCUGGAGGUUGUCAUACAAUUGCAAGAGAAGCAUGUGAAGGAUGAGCAGAUUGAACACUGGAAAAAAAUUGUGAAAACACAGGAGGAAUUGAAAGAUCUUCUUAACAAGAUGGUCAAUUUAAAGGAGAAGAUUAAAGAACUUCAUCAGCAGUAUAAGGAAGCAGCAGARGUGAAGCCACCUCGAGAUAUUACAGCAGAGUUCCUUGUGAAAAGUAAGCACAGAGAUCUGACUGCGCUUUGCAAGGAGUAUGAUGAAUUGGCAGAAACACAAGGAAAGCUGGAAGAGAAAUUACAAGAACUUGAAGCCAAUCCACCAAGUGAUGUUUACUUGUCAUCAAGAGACAGACAAAUACUUGACUGGCAUUUUGCAAACCUAGAAUUUGCUAAUGCUACACCUCUUUCUACRCUCUCAUUGAAGCACUGGGACCAGGAUGAUGACUUUGAAUUCACAGGCAGUCACUUGACUGUGAGGAAUGGAUAUUCUUGUGUGCCUGUAGCCUUAGCAGAAGGGUUGGAUAUUAAAUUAAACACRGCAGUUCGACAGGUUCGCUAUACAGCAUCAGGCUGUGAAGUGAUAGCUGUAAAUACCCGAUCUACCAGCCAGACCUUCAUUUAUAAAUGUGAUGCUGUGCUGUGUACUCUGCCCCUGGGAGUGCUGAAACAGCAGCCUCCAGCAGUUCAGUUUGUGCCACCUCUUCCUGAGUGGAAAACUUCUGCAGUGCAGCGUAUGGGAUUUGGCAACUUGAACAAGGUUGUGUUGUGCUUUGAUCGUGUCUUCUGGGAUCCAAGUGUCAAUUUGUUUGGCCAUGUUGGGAGCACUACUGCAAGCAGAGGAGAACUUUUCCUCUUUUGGAACCUGUACAAAGCACCAAUUUUAUUGGCCUUGGUAGCAGGAGAAGCAGCAGGGAUCAUGGAGAACAUCAGUGAUGAUGUUAUUGUUGGUCGGUGCCUUGCCAUUCUCAAAGGCAUAUUUGGCAGCAGCGCUGUGCCCCAGCCUAAGGAGACCGUGGUGUCCCGCUGGCGUGCUGACCCCUGGGCCCGGGGAUCCUACUCCUAUGUGGCAGCUGGAUCCUCUGGAAAUGACUAUGAUUUGAUGGCUCAGCCAAUUACCCCAGGACCAGCCAUUCCAGGUGCUCCACAGCCCAUCCCUCGGCUGUUCUUCGCGGGUGAACACACCAUCCGCAACUACCCGGCCACGGUGCACGGSGCUCUGCUCAGCGGCCUCCGGGAGGCUGGACGCAUUGCUGACCAAUUCCUGGGGGCCAUGUACACCCUGCCACGGCARCCAACACCCGGAGUGCCCCCCCAGCAGGCUGCCAGCAUGUGAGGAGGCAUCACAGRGGAGUGUGAAGCCCGGAGCGCUGCUGUCGUGGAUCCUGGGAUGGAGAUACUCGAGUAGUUUGUAGCAGUGUCUGCUGAGAUGACCCUGAGUUACUGUGCAAACCUUGUCUGAGAAUGGCCUUACAGAAGUUUGCUGAGCCUUUGGCUUGACAGCCUUUCUUUGGCUUGACAGCCUUUCUUUGGCUUGACAGCCUUUCUUUGGUUUGACAGCCUUUUACAAAAUCUUAGAACUAUUUGAAGGGUCAGUGUGUAAACAGAAUCCUUUACUGCAAAGCUGGUCUGCAGAUACUUUUUGAAAG